CUUUUGAACGAGUGAAGCCGGAAAUCACGGGUAAAAAUCACAUGGGCCUGUGUACAGAGCGCGCGUCUCAGGAGAGACUCCAGUUUUCGUCAGACAGUCAAGGGAGCAGUGACCACCCCCCACCCCCCCAAGCAGUAAGAACAAGUCACCUGAGGCCGAUCUUCUGCCCGGGCCACCGGCCCCACCCCAGAAGGUGCGUGAGAUGAAAGGCGGUCCUCCCAGACACCAGGCUCCUGCUGAGUCCCACCAGUGGAGGCUUCCGGAGCAGGGAGGAGGAGUGGAGAGCCGCCCUGGGAGGAGGAAAGCCCAUUGUCCUCAACUGGCCCCGUGUGCCUUCCAAGAAGUCACGAGACGGGACGUGGGGGCCUCACAGCCGAAAGCCCUUGGUGCCAGGAGAGACGAGACCGGACCGGGUGCUUGUGGUCAAGUGUCUAGUGGACGGACUCAGCCUGGGCCCGGGGUGCCCUCCCCCUCCCCAGCCCGUGCUCCUCCUGCUUUCCUGUCCUCAGUGGGCCUGCUGGCGAGCCGCCCCGGGGGCUUCUUCCUCACCUGCCAGGGAUCAACUCACCCCACACACGCUGCCCGGGGGGAGACGAGGCCCACACACACACCUGUCUCCAUCCUGUCAUGCUGCACGGGAGUCAAGUUCACGUCUGUCCCACGGCCCCCACCCCGGAGCUCCUGGAUAGAAAGGACCACAGCUGGCCAUCGGCAGGGUGCACUUCUGAUUGCCCCCUGCACUGGGCACAUGCUAGGCUUGGGGACACAAUGUCCCCAGGCAGGAGAGAGGAGGCUCCAGGAAGUACAGGUGUGGUGGCCCAGCAGGGCCACUUCGGGAACCACACCCAGGAGGCUGGGCAGAUCUGUUCCAGAAGAGCCCUUGGCUGUGUGGAGGAGGGGACAACAAAGGGCAGUGGCAGUCAUGCACGGAAUGGGGACAGUGAAUCUGUGGGCCUGCGGUCAGCGGUGUGGGCCAGGGAGGGGUGCGGACCCCAAAACAAGAACCAAGGGGGCGGGCACGACCAGAGAAGGACAGACCCAUGUGGAACCCAGAGGGUUUGGGCAGAUGAGGGGUCACCAGGGAGAUGGACGCGGGUCUCGGGGCCCCCAACCCAGCUCGACUCACACCCGCCCCCACCUGAAAUGCUCCGGCUCCAGGCCCCCUCCUGAGGCCCUCCCUGACCUUCCUGGGGGAAAGCCGCCCCUUAACAUCCACAAAACCGACCGGCUGCACCUCUGUGUUUUGGAAUUCAUUACGGUCAGCGCACAGGGGAAAUACGUCAAACGAAGCAUAAUGUUUUUACCCAGAACACAUGAAAUUAAUUAAAUAGAGUACAUGGCUACUAAAUAGAACUUGUAUUAAUUAGGGAUAUUGUUACCAAAUAGAACAUGCAGUAAUUAGAUAGACCACAUCGUUACCGAACAGAACAUACACUAAUUAACCAGAGCACAUUGUUCCUGCAUGAAACGUACUUGAUUCUUCCUGGGGCUCCAGGGAGGAUCGCGCUGGUGGCCAGGGACAGGGAGGCCCCACAGGCAGGCCAGCCUUGGGCAAGUCCACAAAGCAGGAAAGGGGGUCCCCCGCGUGGUGUGAACAUCGCCCUCUUGUACAGACUCGACUUUGAAAUGUCUCUUCCUAUUUGGGGGAGAUGUAGCUUAGGAGAGUGUCUGCCUUCCUCGGAAAAUGAACAUGAAAUAAAUCAGAAAGCAUCAUCUCAAAAUAGGAAAGCGACAGUGAGUACAUUGCAGGCCUCCCCGGCCUCCCCAUCCUCCGCCCGCACGUGCCCAUUUACAGGUGUGGAGACUGAGCCCAGGAGACAGGUGGCGGCCGUGGACGUAGCCCUGCCCAGUGUCCUUGAGAGUGUGGCACCCCAACCUGGCCUCCAGCCCUCCCUGCGGCCCCUC